GUUCGCAGUUUUUUCGUCAAUUAUAUGGCUUCUCGCAGUGGCAUCUCCCAGCCAAGGAGCAAAUAUACUGGGUGUCUACAGUGCCCUGAGUCCAUCGCAUCUGAUCAUCCAUAUGUCCACGGCCAAGGCUCUGGCCGAGGCAGGACACAAUGUCACCGUGGUAUCGAUGAUGCAGCCCAAGGUGAUGCACAAGGACAUCCAUCUGAUUGUGGUGCCAGUGACGAAGGAGCAGGAGCGUACGCUGGAGAAUCAAAUGGCCAGUAUGGCCGACAGGAAUAACAUCAUAACCACCAUGUAUCUACUCUUAAAUGGCCUGGAUGUGAUGGUCACUUCACAGGCUGAUCUGCUAAAGGAUCCGAGAUUCCAACGCGUUUUCCAGACCAAAUUCGAUUUGAUGAUAUUGGGCUCGUUUUUCAACGACUUUAAAUUGGGAGUUGCUGGCAAGCUGAAGGUACCCGUAAUAGUCGACUGGAUGAUGCUGUCGAACACCAUGAUCGAUGAGUUUGUGGCCAAUCCCUCGGAGGUAUCCUAUGUGCCCAAUGAGUCAACUUUUGCCACCACACCCAUGUCCUUCUUCAAGCGAGCCGAGAACUUGGUAAAGCAUGUGAUUCUUAAAUACUUGACGAUACGCUUUAAUUACAAGUUUGACCGCAUCUAUAAUGAAAUCUUUACGGAUAAAGAUAUGCCAACGCUCAGUGAGAUAAAAAAAAAUAUAUCCAUGGUCUUGGUCGGUUUCCAUUUGAUCAGCGACGGCCCAAUACGACCUCUGGUACCAGCUAUUAUUGAAGUUGGAGGUAUACAGGUGAAAGAGCAGCCAGAUCCGCUGCCCCAGGACAUUGCACAGUUCUUAGAGAACUCCAGCCAAGGAGCGAUAUUUCUGUCAUUUGGUUCCAACAUAAAGAGUUACAUGGUCAAGCCGGAAAUCGUUGGAAUCAUGUUCAAAGUGCUCUCCGGCCUGAAACAGAAUGUUAUUUGGAAAUGGGAGGAUCUAGAGAAUACGCCAGGCAAUGCCUCAAACAUUUUCUACAAGGACUGGCUGCCACAAGAUGAUAUCCUGGCACAUCCGAACACCAAACUCUUUGUCACACAUGCCGGCAAGGGCAGCAUCACUGUAUCCCAGUACCAUGGAGUCCCUAUGGUGGCACUGCCCAUUUUCGGUGACCAGCCAUUGAAUGCGGCUCUAAUGGUAAAUUCAGGAUAUGGCGUUACACUCGAUUUGCAGACCAUCACCGAAGCUACUUUCCGCGAGGCCAUCAACGAGGUCCUGCAAAACGACAAGUACACUCAAGCGGUUCGCAAAUUCUCCGGUCUGUACAGGGAUCGACCUUUAACCCCCAAGCAAUCUGUUCUUUUCUGGGUGGAUUACGUUCUGAGGCACCGUGGUGCCCCAAAUUUGCAGAGUCCAGCGGUGCAUAUGGGAUUUGUUCAGCUACACAACUUGGAUAUCUACGCCUUGGUGCUUGCGAUCUUGAUAUUCUUAGUUUUCCUAACUCAGCUAGCUGUGAAAUCUUUGCUUGUAAAGCUACUGGGAAAAGCUAAAGUUCCAGCAAGAAAGAAGAAACAAUAGUUAUUAAUGUAUAUUUUUCAAAGUGCAGCUCAACUUAAAAAUGUAUAAAAAUUGCUGUUUACAAAUUGGGCUUAAAUUUGUAUGUUGAUUGUAAAGUAUAUUAAGUAUAGAUUAAAACUAUGAUAAAUAUAUAAAAGAAA